AUGAAUUCAAGACGUUCCUUUCAAAAACUAAUUCUUUAUCGUGGUGGUACAUUAACAAAUGAAAUGAUUGAAGAAUAUAAACAGGCCAUUGCAAGCUAUGCAAUAAAAUGGUUAGGAUUUACAUCAACAUCGAGAGAUCUUCAUGUAGCUGAAUCGUUUCAUGGUAAUACAUUAUUUAUUAUUGAAAUUCAAACUAAAUUCAUGCAUUCAACUAAUCUAAGUGACAUUUCAUCAGUUUCACAUCAUCCUGAUGAACAAGAAGUACUUUUACAGGCUGGACAUUAUUUUGAAGUUGAAAAAGUUUCUUCAAUAAAUGGAAAAUAUGUAAUUUAUCUUGUAUUUUAA